AUGGAAAGUAACGCGGAGACAAUAUGGAAUUCUAUGGAUGAAUCAUUCUCCCAAAUCAAAUCAAAAUUCGAUAAUACAUAUCAACGAGCUCAAAUCAUUGAGCAAUCACCAUCAAGAACUUUAGUUGAAUUUGGUACUAAUGAUAAUGAUGAUAUUUCAACUUUACCACCUAUUACUUUAGCAAAAGAUAGAUUUUAUCUACUUACUCCAUUAGACAAUCAAUUACAUCCUUAUCCGUUUAAACAGUUACGAAACAAAGUUGUUCUUAUAGUCAAUGUUGCCCUGUAUUGUGGGUUCAGAUAUCAAUAUAAAUAUUUGGAAAGAUUACAAAAGAAAUAUGAAAAAGAAGGGUUUACAAUUAUUGGGUUCCCAUGUAAUCAAUUUCUUUUCCAAGAACCAUUUUCAAAUGAAGAAAUAGUUACAAAAUGUCGAAAUAAAUAUGAUGUAACAUUCCCAAUAAUGAAUAAAAUCCAUGUAAAUGGUCCUCAAGCUGAUGAAGUUUAUAAAUUUUUAAAAGAAUGUAAACCAGGAUUAUGGGGUACCAAAAGAGUUAAAUGGAAUUUUGAAAAAUUCUUAAUUGACUCUGAAGGCAAUAUUGUUGCUAGAUAUAGUACUUUUACAUCCCCCGAAGCUAUUAGUGGUAAAAUUGAGGAAAUGUUAGAAAAGAAGAAAACAAUGACUGUAGUUUGA